AUGUCAGCCCUACGAUCUUCAAGACUCCAGUCCGCCUUGCGGCAGCGCAUCCCUGGACCCGUCCAGUACGCGCCCCGGCGAACAUAUGCAGCCCACGAGCCCCCACGGGACACCCGGACAUAUCACGGCGGGGACCAGCCUCCCCCGGCCGGGUCGGCCGAACAAAAAGUCCCCACCCGUCCGGACGAGGUCAAGAACCGAGGCACAGUCUACGCAAUCACCGGCGUGGCCAUCACCCUCGGGGCCUUCUUCACAUUCCUCAUCGGCUCCCCGGACCGCGCAGCCACCCUCGCAGACUCCUCAACCCGCUCCGGCGGAGGACCCCUCCUAUCAGGCCCUCUGAGCGGAAAGGAAGGUGCCGAGAAAGACCUCGAGGCCACCACGGGCCGCCAUCCUAACCAUGGAGGACGCGGCUCGCCGGCCUGA